UGCGGAGCACAAAGCAGGGCGCAGCCUGGCGCCCGUGGCAGCCCGGAGGAGGCGAGCUGGGCGCGCGGGGAACCGAACCCGGGGCCAGGGCGGCGACUGUGGCUCGCCCCCAGCCUCUCUGCUCGCCGCCCGGCCCUCCUCAGCAGCUGUUGCUCUCCCCGCUAGCCGCCUUGUGGGUCCCCGGAGCCCAGCGGUCCUGUCUGGGGCGCACCCGGAGGGGACCCCGUUAGCCCGGCCUCUGGGGACAUCUCCAGACUUUAACUCAAUCGAAGAAGAUAAUACUGCAGAGCCGGGGCCAUGCUUGGACUUGGAAGACACCAUUAAGACUCCGAAUUACUUCCUUUCUUUUGCAAACUCCAGGAAAACAUUCCUCUGGACACUGAAAUUCUGCACAUCUCAAGAGAAGCUGGUCUUGAAUGUCAGCACGACUUUCUAUGCUGUCUAGUGCUCGGUAGUGCCUGCCUUGUAUUAAGACAUUUUAGUGUCAGGAGCUGAGCUUGUCAGCAAGCCAGCAUGGCUAGCAUGUACUCUGUCUUAUUGGCUAACCAAUUGGUUCUGGGCUUACUGGUGAUGUCUUUCAGUGGACCUUCCCUACAAAGCAGCGAGUGUCCGCAACUCUGCGUUUGUGAGAUCCGGCCCUGGUUUACCCCUCAGUCAACAUACAGGGAAGCCACCACUGUAGAUUGCAAUGACUUGCGUCUCACAAGGAUCCCCAGUAACCUCUCCAGCGACACGCAAGUGCUUCUUCUACAGAGCAAUAACAUUGCAAAGACAGUGGAUGAACUUCAGCAGCUCUUCAACCUUACUGAGUUGGAUUUCUCCCAAAACAACUUCACAAGCAUCAAGGAGGUAGGGCUGGCCAAUCUGACGCAGCUCACCACCUUGCAUUUGGAGGAAAAUCAGAUCACGGAAAUGACUGAUUAUUGCCUGCAGGACCUUAGUAACCUUCAAGAACUUUACAUCAACCAUAACCAGAUCAGCACUAUUUCUGCAAAUGCCUUUUCGGGUCUAAAAAAUCUUCUGAGGCUUCACUUGAACUCAAACAAAUUGAAAGUCAUUGAUAGCCGCUGGUUUGCCUCUACCCCCAACCUAGAAAUCCUCAUGAUUGGAGAGAACCCCGUGAUUGGGAUUCUGGAUAUGAACUUCAAACUGCUCUCCAAUCUGAGAAGCUUGGUGCUGGCUGGCAUGUACCUCACAGACAUCCCCGGGAAUGCCUUGGUGGGCCUGGACAGUCUUGAGAGUCUGUCCUUUUAUGAUAAUAAGCUGGUCAAAGUUCCUCAACUUGCCUUGCAGAAAGUCCCAAAUUUGAAAUUCUUAGACCUUAACAAAAACCCAAUCCACAAAAUCCAAGAAGGGGACUUUAAGAAUAUGCUGCGGUUAAAAGAGCUGGGUAUCAACAACAUGGGGGAGCUCGUGUCCAUGGACCGCUAUGCCUUAGACAAUCUGCCUGAGCUCACCAAGCUGGAAGCCACCAAUAACCCCAGAUUAUCUUACAUCCACCGCUUGGCCUUCCGCAGUGUCCCUGCCCUUGAGAGCUUGAUGCUCAACAACAAUGCUUUGAAUGCUGUGUACCAGGCCACGGUGGAAUCCCUGCCCAGUCUGCGUGAGAUCAGCAUUCACAGCAACCCCCUGAGGUGUGACUGUGUCAUUCACUGGGUUGGCUCCAAUAAGACCAACAUCCGCUUCAUGGAACCCCUAUCCAUGCACUGCGCCAUGCCCCCCGAGUACAAAGGACACCAAGUUCGGGAGGUGCUUUCUCAGGAUGCCAGCGAGCAGUGUUUGCCCAUGAUUUCCCAUGACACGUUCCCCAGUCACUUGAACGUGGACAUUGGUGCGUUGGUGUUCCUAGACUGUCGUGCCAUGGCUGAGCCAGAGCCCGAAAUAUAUUGGGUCACCCCUCUGGGAAAUAAGAUUACUGUGGAAAUGUUUUCUGAUAAAUACAGGCUGAGCAGUGAGGGGACCUUGGAAAUCACCAAUACGCAAAUUGAAGACUCAGGGAGAUACACCUGUGUGGCCCAAAAUGUAGAAGGGGCUGACACACGCGUGGUGACCAUCAAAGUCAAUGGGACCCUUCUGGAUGGUGCCCAGGUGCUGAAAAUUUACGUCAAGCAAACAGAAUCUCACUCCAUUUUAGUGUCCUGGAAAGUGAAUUCCAACGUGAUGGCAUCCAACUUGAAGUGGUCCUCAGCCACCAUGAAGAUCGACAACCCACACAUAACGUACACAGCCAGGGUCCCUGUGGAUGUACACGAGUACAAUCUGACCCACCUGCAGCCAUCUACGGAUUAUGAGGUAUGUCUCACCGUGUCCAACAUUCGCCAGCACACUCAGAGGUCCUGUGUCAAUGCCACGACCAAACAUGCCACCUUCGCCUUGGACAUUCCAGAUCAAGAAAGUAGCACGGCCCUAGCCACGGUGAUGGGCUCUUUGUUUGCUGUGGUCAGUCUUGUAGCCACUGCCCUGUAUGUCACCAAACGAUUCAAGCGAAAGAACUACCACCACUCCUUAAAAAAAUAUAUGCAAAAGACCUCUUCAGUCCCCCUCAAUGAGCUGUACCCACCACUCAUCAAUCUCUGGGAAGGUGACAGCGAGAAGGACAAAGAUGGCCCUGCUGACAUCAAGCCAGUACAAGUGGACACUUCCAGAAGCUAUUACAUGUGGUGACGCAGUGGACAUUUGCUUCUGGUAGUAAGGAGCACAAGACAUCUUUGCUUUAUUCUGCAAAAGUAACAAGUCCAGGACUUUUGUAUCUUUGACUUUGUUAGUCUGGGGUGAAGUGGACAGGACAGUGGAGUCUGAAUGGAGUGGACAGGAGAGUGAAUAUUGUGGCAUCUCAUUAUGAGCUUGAGACCUCAAGUCUUUGUUAUACAUGGUUGGUAGCAUCUGUAGGAAUCCAGUUUGCAUUUGGUUUUUAUUGUUAUCAUUAUGAUGAUGACAUUAUUGUUAUUAUAUUAUUAUUACUUUGGUUUGUUGUGCUAAGCUCAGUAACGCUGUUCUAACUACAGUGCUCACUAAAAUGCUUCACAGAAGGUGGAGGUUUCUAUGCAUAUCCUGUAGCCUGACAUCUUCAGAGCAAAGUGCAAGAUGCCCAUAAAGCUCGCCACCACUGCCAUGGACAGCGCUGUCUGGAUGCUAGAGCUGGCCCCUCCAUCCCUGUCACUCCAGAAGCCGACGUGAGACUUGUUACCUUUGUUGAAUGAUGUUAGUUGACUGUUCUGUAAUGUUGCAUCAACUGAAUUGAAUGUUUGCCUUUGAACAACGACCAUUUUUUUCUUUUUUAUAAUAGUUAAAGAGGCUUAGAACAAGCUAACAGGCAAUAGAGAUAUGUAUAUCAGAUUUUUAAUGUAACAGACUACAUGUUAAUUGUUACUUUAUUCUUUUUAUCUUUAGUAGAGACUUUUAAAAGAAAAAUACAAUAAUUUUGUUGUGUUUAACUCACCAGCCUGUGGUGUAUAAUGAAAACAGAACGAUAAUAAA